AUGAAAUAGUUCAUGGCCUCGCGUCAUACAAAUGAUCCCGCUCGGUCAAAAUAACUAGGGUAACAUACUAUGUUAUGUAAAUAUAAUGUGAAGGAUAUAAUAAAUAUGUUUAGUACUUGCGCACUGCAUUUACAUCAAGGCGAUAGAAAGAAUCUGGUGCCACUAUUUGUGUAUCGAGAUUAGGAAAUCGCACAAGGAUUAAAGUCAUUUGGAAUUAACGUCUAAAACACGAUUAUAAGGUUAAUUAAAGCAUGAAGGACAGCAAACCACAGAAUCCAGCUGGAAAAUCAACACCCAUCGAUGUUGAAGGCAAAGUCAACAACUCUCAGGUAUCGGAGGACUUUCACAAAAAAAAGAAGCACAAAUGCAUCAAAGGAAAAUUACCAAUCCUAUUGUCUGUGAUAUUUGUUUUGGGUGUUGCAGUUGGCACGUAUUUUGUAGUAGUGUCAACGGGAGACAAUGAAGACGAUAUGAAUAGCUUUUCUACAAAGUCACAACGAAAUAAGACAUCUAGCGCUGUUCAAUCCAAUAAAGUGUCAGAUGUUUCCUCAGUUAUAACAGCAGGUUUGGACGAGAGCAGCGAUAAAGAGAUAAAUGGAACCGGGUUCAAGACGGACCCUAUUUGCCGAGAUUUUUUGAAGUCAUCUGUAUUUGUGUUUGAUUGCUACCAUCAAAGAGCAUUCAAUGCCUUACCUAUAAACAGUACAGUCAAAUGUUCGUAUCUGAACAGAGUUGGUUUGUGUAUACAAGACCUAUUGGAGAAUGAAUACGGAGUUGAUUGUGACAGACUAGAUCAGUUGUACCUCCUCAAUUUAAAUGCAGAAGUCCUUAAGGAGAGAAGCAACUUCGAUGCCAAAACGGAAUGUGGAGAAUGGUAUACAUUUUACACAAAAGCAACUAACAGAACCCUGGUAUGAAUCAAACGGAAAGACUGGAUGUCUCGUUUUAGUUGAUGUAGUUCAUGUAUAUAUAUUUAUAGAUUGCCUAAAAUACAUCAUAGAAUUCAAAUGUUUAACAUAACGAUGCGUUAAGUUAACAAGUAAAAGUGUUAUCUCGAUCAGAUGUUUUUUUGUAUAAAUAAUAUAACUAAUUGUCCGUCUAAAUGAACAUUGUCCUACAUGUAUCACAACAAGCUGCAUCGUUACUAGUAUGUAUCCAUUUGUUGAAGUAAUUUUGCGAUUGGUUUCUAUUAAAACCAAUGUUAAAAGCUA